GCCGAAUAGCGCUUGAUAAGUGAUGAGGUGCUAAGUCAAGGAACACACCAACUGUCCAAUGCCCAACUGCUUUGAUCAUUUGGAAGAGCCGGGAUGAAUGAUUGGAUAUACCCCAACAGGAUGAUAACAUAAUUGUAAAUCGACACGAUACUUGCCUGCAUUUCCCGCCACAGGCCUCCACCGCCGAAAGACGAGCGCCGCCUCGAAUCGCCGACGCCAUGAGCGGCGAGGACCCCUAUAAGAAAUAUGCGCACCUCCCUAUUCCUUCGUAUGAGGAGGCCACAUCUUCGCGACCGUCGUCGUCGAACACGAACAACGAGACGAGCGACGAGACGGAACGUCAGGGUCUACUAGGGAGACAGCAACACCAAGCAGCCCGCAAUGGCCCAUACCGACCGCCCACCGCAGAGUCACCGCGACCGAGCGAAGACAGCGACCUGUACCUACCAGAAGUAAACGGCGAAGACGAUGACGACGAAGAGGCGGCCGUGCGGCGAGAUAUGGAAGAGAUGGAAAUCCUCGAGCCCGAUUCUGUAACAGGCCGGCGGCGAGGUCAAUUCCUCGGCAAGUUGUCGCAUACAUGGAGCAGUCUACCUUCGUUCCGCCGCUUCUCCAUGCCCUCCUUUGCAUCGCUGCGCCAGCGACUACCCACGAUACCCGAAGAGUUUCGUCUCAGCUUGCCUGUGAUAGCCCGUCUGUUCGGCCUCUUCACAAUUGCCGCAUUGAUAUACAUCCUCUUCGCCCUCGACAUUAUCCCCAACGCCGGUCACAUGGCACAGCAUUACGAUCCAGAAAGUGUGCGCGCUAGAGUACAAGAGCAGGCUUCACUCUCACCGAGUCGCAUAUCCGAAUACCUCGAAUACAUUACAUCAUAUGACCACGUCGCAGGUACAGAAGGCGACUUCUACCUGGCAGAAUGGGUCCAGACCAAUUGGCAGGCUCAAAACUUGGAUGACGUCAGAAUGCAUGAAUACUUUGUCUACAUGAACUACCCGGAACCGGGCGGUCGCAACGUCGAGAUCGUUUCUCCGCCGGACAGGAAAUGGACUGCUUUGCUAGAGGAAGAGUCGGUUUUCAAGGACUCGGGGAGAGAAAAACAACAGACGCUGAACUGGCAUGGAUACUCGAAACAAGGGAAUGUUACCGGUCAUCUGGUUUACGCAAAUGGCGGCUCCCGAGAGGACUUCAAACGAUUGAAAGACAUGGGUGUCGAAUUGGAUGGAGCCAUUGCUUUGGUGCGAUACUAUCAUACAGAGGCUGAUCGCGGUAUGAAGGUCAAGGCUGCUGAAAUGGCUGGAGCUGCAGGUUGUCUCAUCUACUCGGAUCCAAAGGAGGACGGUUUCCUGAAAGGUGCAGUAAUGCCCGAUGGUCCGUGGAGACCGCGCGACUCUGUCCAAAGAGGAUCCGUCGCUCUUUCUAGCUUGGUUGUGGGAGACCCCUUGACUCCUGGAUACGCUUCGACCAAGGAUGCCAAGCUGAUUGGGGACAUCAAUGGAAAUAUUACUGGUCUACCACAAAUCCCUAGCCUGCCACUGGCUUGGAGAGACGCCCAACACCUACUCAUGGCACUGAAAGGUCAUGGCCAGAAAGUUCCAUCUGACUGGGAGGGAGGUGUUCCCGAUGUCGAAUGGUGGACUGGCGACAAGGGAUCACCGGAAAUCAGGCUUGUCAACGAGAACUCUGUGAACGCCAAGCAGCAAAUCUGGAACGUCCACGGCUUAGUGCAAGGUAUGGAGACCCCAGGGAAGAAGUUGAUCGUUGGAUCCCACCGUGAUGCCUGGUGUUUUGGCAGUGUCGAUGCUGGAAGCUCUCAGGCUGUCCUUAUGGAAGUCGUCACUAUUUUCGGUGACCUUAUAAAACUCGGAUGGCGACCUCUGCGAUCCAUCGAAUUCGUGUCCUGGGAUGCAGAGGAAUACAACUUUGUCGGCUCUACCGAGUUUGUCGAGGACAAUAUGGACUAUCUGCGCAAGAAUGGCGUCGGAUACCUGAAUGUCGAUGUUGGUGUAUCUGGCUCCGAGUUCCGUGUUGCUGGCUCGCCAGUGUACAAGAAAGCACUCAUGCACGUCCUCGACCGUGUCUCUGAUCCAUACAAAAACGUCACUUUGCGCCAACUGUUCGACGAACGAAAUGAAAAGAUUGAAGGUCUCGGGGCUGGCUCAGACUAUGUUCCAUUCCAGGAUAUGGCCGGCACGUCAUCUCUGGACUUUGGCUUUGAAGGCGAAGAAAACGGAUAUCCUUACCAUUCUUGCUACGAGACUUUCGAAUGGAUGACCAAAUAUGGAGAUCCGGACUUCCAAUACCACAAAACACUUGCCACCGUAUGGGCUCUGUUGAUCCUAGAAAUCGCAGAUCGACCGAUCAUACCAUUUGACCUGAACGACUACGCUGCAGCUCUAUCACCCAUCAUCGACGAACUUGAAAAAGACGCCGCUGCCACCGCCAAAGAUUUGAAAACCGACAUUGCUAAAACACCCUUCUCAGUACAACCCUUACGAGAAGCUGUGGAUGCCUUUGUCGCAAAAGCCAAAGAGUUCCAUGAAUUCGACGAUAUGUGGGCAACCAAAGUGCUAGCUGGAAGUGGAGGCUUCGAGUCCAACGCCUAUGCUCUUCGCCGCAUCGAACACAACUCCCGCGUUAUAGAUUUCGAAACUAAUCUCCUCGACCUCCCUACCACUGGCGAGGAAGGUCCUUAUGGUGUAAGUAACCCCUUUCUACCUCCUUUUCCCAGAACAUGAUUACUAAUGUCGGGAACAGGUACCAGGUAGAGAACAAUAUAAACACGUCAUUUUCGGCCCACAGCUUUGGGAUGGCUAUGCGGCUGCUUAUUUCCCUGCUGUCAGGGAUGCACUUCAAGAAGCGAGGUGGGAAGACGCGCAGAAACAACUUGAACGUGCGGCUAGGAUAUUGAGGGUUGCGGCUAAUAAGCUGACUGCGUAAGUGGGCAGUGAAAAAUAAAACUUUUUUCUUUUACUUCAUUACCUUUUUACUUUUUCUUUGUAUGCAUAAGUUUUGCCUGUGGCCAUCAGACGUCUUUUCUUUAACUUGAGCUUCGGC